AGUCAGAGCGCGGAGUGCUGUAUACAGGGAGCGCGGUGAGACAGCAGAGGGAACCGUGUCUGCCUGCCUGCCUGCGUGUGUUUUGGACGACGGAGUGGAUAUAUCUCCACUUGGAUUUAGUCUUUUUCCCCUCGAUUUUGAGUCAGAAUGCGCCUUAUCCAGAACAUGUCUACUAUAGUGGAGUACCCGAGUCCGGAGUGCCUGUCCCACAGGGUCCUAAAGAUAGCCGUGCUCGGGGGCAGCGGAGUCGGCAAAACCGCUCUCGUUGUUCGAUUCCUGACGAAGCGCUUUAUUGGAGAUUACGAGAGAAAUGCAGGCAGCCUGUACUCCAGAGAGGUCCAAAUUGAUGGAGAACAAGUGGCCAUUCAGGUCCAGGACACACCUGGAGUCCAGGUAAACCCCAACGGCCUGAGCUGCACCGAGCACGUGAGGCACUCCAUCCAGUGGGCUGACGCUGUGGUCAUGGUCUAUUCUGUGACGGACUGUCACAGCUUCGAUCUCAUCAGUCAGCUCCAUCAGCUUGUGAGUCAUGUGUAUGCCGAUAGACCAGCACCACCGGUUAUCCUGCUGGCCAAUAAGGCUGACAUGGUGCACGUGAGGAGGGUGGAGGCGCAGCAGGGCCCAGCACUAGCUUUGGCACUCGGUUGUGCUUUCUACGAGGUUUCUGCUAGUGAAGACUACAGUCAGGUGCAUGGAGCGUUCCACAGACUUUGCACAGAACUUUCCAAAAAACAGGUGUCGUUUAGCACCAAUGUAAACGUGGCAACGGCCAGCAAUGAGAAGAAAAAGUCGCCUCUUAUCCCCAGGCCCAAAUCGCCCAACAUGCAGGACCUGAAGAGGCGCUUCAAGCAAGUGCUGUCAGCGAAAGUUCGCACGGUCACCUCUGUGUGAGGAGGAAACUGGGGGCCCGAGUGUAGGGCUGGACAUGGUAGAGCGACAAGGCGAGGAUCCGAAAGGCAGGAGCUCGCUAAAGUAAAGGUUUGAUCUGGAGCCAAACUGCUAAAUCAGCAGGCCAGAUCUACAAACAGAGGUACUGAACUAUGACCCCUGACUUGUGAACUUUGACCAGCUUGGCGGGGCAGGGUGAGCAGUCUGAGCCGCCGGGACUAAAGCGCGUGGAUGGAGCAAGAUACAGAGAACCUGUGUCUAAAAACUGUCUUAAAGAUGAAGAAAUGCAAAAAGGAUGCUCGGACUAAAACAUAAUAUUAACAUACGCACACAUGGCGUUAUACUGUACCUGUAGACAACUUCACCAGGCAACCGAGCUCGUGAAGGACAGAAGGUUGGUUAUUUUUAUCGACACAGACCUUUUCUUUUCGUCAAGGCUUGAGCGCUCAGCAGAAACUGAAAGCUGGCAUUGUUAAAGGAACGAGGCACUAAAGCUGAAGGGCACAAGUAUGUGUGUUUGUGUUAAACUCAGAUCUUCAGUGACGAAUUAAAAAAAAAUGCACUUUACAUCAUGCCCCAGGGCAAAAGAUUGAUCUUAUUUAUUGUUUUGUGAUUUGAAAUAAAGUAUUUGAUCUUAAA